CAUAUAGCUGAAGAUAGCAAUGUUAUAAUCUUGAAGGAAAAACUGUUGCCAUUUUCUGAAAAAUUGAUAAAUUCAUAUGUAAUGUGUAUAUUUUAGGGGAAUCGAGUAAUGCUUGGAUUUUCUCUUAAUAUGUAUUUAUCUUUUGGAUCAUUUAUGAUUUUAAAUGCGUGAAAAAAGUCUUUUGAAAUGUCUUCUUGCUUUAUUUUCUAUAUUUCCACAAAACUCUAAUCAAUAGUCUUUGGGUCAAACUCAUUUUAGAAGUGAUGUAUUAUUUUCCAUGUGCUGCUGUAGGACUGUUUCCUUGGAGAAGAUCUGAGAUUGAAACCCUGGCAUGGUGUCUUUUUUCGUCUGAGUACUCCAACUUCCUGUGGAUGUGAGGUUGAUCAGUCUAUCUAAGUUGGAUUUAGAUGUAUUUUUCUGUCCUGUGUGUCACCCUACAUUGAACUGGUAACCUGUACAGGUCUAACUCCCUCUCGCCUAGAGACUGCUGAAAGUAGGUAUUGGCUGCCUGGUGGACAAUAAAAUAUAAAAGCAAAGAAAAUUGAUUAUUUUGUUUUUCCUUUAAUGUCAUAUUUCAUAUUAAACACAUUAAAACGUCUUAAUGCUUGUGGUUGAAAUGUGACAAAUUAAAUUUUAUAAAGCUUAAAGGCUAUAUGUGCUUUUUUGGCAUAAUGCAUUUUGGCUAAAAUCCCUUUCAGAACGUCACACAUGUCCUUUUAACCGAGACUAUUAACAGAGAACAUGAGAAGGUCCUUUUUGUUUAGUUCUAUUAUCUGGAAAGUUUCACUUUUAUAAAAUGCUUUAUGAACCUUUGUUGUUUGCCUUCCUCCCCUCUGAAAUCUGUCGUUAAUGAGAAUCAUAUGACUUGACGCUGACGAUGGCGCUGCGUCUCUGGAGAAACAAGGUGCAGCUUUACAUUCUGGAAUGUGACCAGAAUAUAUCAUUUAAGGAGGAGAUUCUUCCUGAAACCUUUCUCACCAAAGCGAUGACGAAAAGUAGAGAAAUUAGUAGAAAAAAAAUGAACUCCUCUGGCUGAUUAGGGCAUUGUUAGGCAUGCUCUAUUCACAGCUGCAAAAUGCAGAAUCUGACUGAGCUUUCUCCCAAUGCAACUUCUCCAAAAAGCUUCUCUGUGAUUAUAAAGGUCUGUGUGGUGAUCCCAUUUUUCUGCAUCUUUCUGUGCUGCAUCGCUGUCAUGCUACAGAUCUUUGCCUCUCAGAGGCAGUUUUUGGACAUUUCACGUUACAUCCUGUUUGCACACAUGUUGAUCAAUGACACCCUGCAGAUCCUGUCCUCUGUGCUGCUCUUCCUCUUUGUGAUGGGUCAGGUGAAGUUUCCCCUCCUGUUCUGUGUCCCUCUGCUCUUUGUGUCCACCGGUACCUUUCAAAACACCACCCUGAUCCUGGCGGCCAUGUCUCUGGAGCGUUACGUUGCCAUUUUCUACCCCCUGCACCGCCCGGCCUCCUGGCGUUCUGACCGUAUUUGGAUUAUUAUUUUGCCUCUGUGGUUCAUCAGCUUCUUAUUCCCCAUCAUCGAGUUUUUUAUCGAGAAACACAAUCCAGCUUUAGAUAUCUUGUCUUCCAACAUGCUUUGCAAAGCUACUGUUAUCAACUCAUCCCCGAUCCAGGGACUGUACCGGCUUGCCGUGAAUGUGCUUUUCUUCACAGUGGUUGGUGUUAUCAUCCUCUUCACCUACGUGAGGAUUUUGCUGGAAACCAGGAAACUGAGGCAGGACAGAGCAUCAGUAAGCAAAGCCAUGCACACUGUGUUACUGCAUGGCUUCCAGCUGCUCCUAUGCAUGUUGGCUUUUACCAGUCCCAUUUCUGAAACUCUUGUGCUGCACAAAAAAUGGCCGGCUGAGGAUGUAGCCUUUUUUAAUUUCUUCUGCUUCAUGUUGAUGCCUCGCUUUCUCAGCCCACUUAUUUAUGGUUUCAGGGAUCAGAGUCUGAGGAAGCACAUUGGGAAAAUGUUCCACUGCUACGCACAUAAAAAUGACACCCUUUUCAAAUAUUGAUUUUGCCUUUAAUAAAAAUUGAACUGUCAGAGAAAUAAUAUGUUUUAUUUAUGUGCAAACAUAGUAUGAGCAGGUCCUCAAGUAUGAGUGCUGUCAAACAACUUUAUUUGGAAAGAUCAAUCAAAAAAAUAGGAAUACUAAGAAUGUUUAAAUAAUAGAGGAUUUUAUGUUCUGCUCUUGGGGGUUAGCAGGGUUUCCUAAGCACCUAACAGUAAAAUACAUUUCUUUUUUAUAGGAAAUAACUUAUAACAUACAUGUCAUAAAAUGUCUGGCAAGAUUUCAAUCUGUUUUCCUGGCUUGCAAAAGGUACAGUUAAGAUUUAAUCAGCAAACUUGUUUUUGAGACGUUUUCUCCAAACUCGACUCCUAUGUGAUGCAGAAGCUGACUGAUGAAGCUAAAGAAAAAUAAAGAAAUUAAAAGUCAUGCAUUGUUAAAAGUCAAAAGAACUGAAAUAAAUGAUUUUGUUGUAUGUUGUGAUCUCACAGCAUUGACAUGUUUUCAACUCGAACAUAGUUAUAUUGUCCAAACCUAUUUGAGAAUUGAAAAUACAACCUUUUUUGAUAAAUAAGUAAACAUAUGUAAUUCUAUCAUACCAAAUACUAAAAAUUCAAAUUUCUGUUUCGUUAUCAAAUGAUGCUUUAGUCCUAUACCUGUUAUAAUGCUUUAAAAUCAACAAGCCCUUGUUGUUUAGAAAACCUGAAGAAUUGUGUGAUUUUUCAUAAAUGAUUCUCCAUUUCUGUUCUCCUUCUCACUGUACACCAAUUCAUUUACUUUAGAAAAUGUUUUUUUCCUUUGCAUUGUUUCUAUAUUUGUUUUUGAGGAAAGCCCAAUUUGUGCAGACAAGAUCAACAAUGUUUGCAGGUCAGUCUCUGUUAACCAUAAACCAAACGGAGGCGGUGUAUCUACGUAGACAUUUCUCAAUGGUAGAUCUGUCUGUCCUCUCACCUUUUAUCAGUCAACAAAUGAGGGGCUGAAGGUGCAGAAUUGUUUGUCAACUGUGUAAAUCAGUUAGAGAACAGUAAAUAAAAAGAUUUUAAAUCUAUAAUCUACUUAAAAGACUUACAACACAUUUUGCAGCUUUCCUUAACAAAUACAGUUCAUUGCUUAUAACAAACUAAUACUUUCAAAGAACAAGAAUUGGAUUCUUAGUCUAAAUUUAAGUGAAUCCCAUAAUUCAGUCAGUAGAUAUACUUUGUGAAACUCGAAGGAAUGAGAAGGUUAUUCAUUCCUUUGAAUCAGGUGAUGGACUUUAAGCACACAAAAGGCUCCAGGAAACCUGUCUCCCAGGACUAUGGUUUGACCGCCAACCAUAAUUUGUAAAUCUGUUGAAUAUUUGACUUCUGCAAAAUGUGUAUAUUUUUCCAACAGUUUCUUGUAUCAAUCAAGCUUUUAGCUACUUCUUAUGAAUUUUCAAUUGUCCUGACUUUUUAUAGCAAUUUGCAAAAGAAUUCAGAGGUAGUAGUUUUCCAUUAUUCUAUACACCUUGUGCAAUUCACCCAUACUACUACAUAGCAGAUAAAAAGCCACUCUUGAUGACCCCCCAAUGCAUAUCAGAUGGUACAUUGUUCCUUGUUUGGAAACCCAACCUUUACUCCAAAUAAAUCUACAUCUCCUAUCACAAUAAAAGUUUUCCUUCAUUAUGCUUCCCUGAGGGGCUGCUGUACAUUUCCAUCCAGUUUUAAGCUUGCCAGCUGGUGCCUUUUUAAUAGUCCUCUCAGUCCAGGUUGAUUCUUCAUGUUUUUUCAGGAUUUUUGUAAUGCAUGGUUGUAAGGCAGCCAAACAUUAAAGCAAUGGCUGCAAUUCUAAAGUCAAGGUGCAAGGGACUAGAUUUAUGUAUGAAUUUGAGCCUCUAUGUAAUGUGAAUUAGAGUUAAAAAUGUAAAUCUUUUCAGUUCUUUUCUAAAAAAAAAUAAAAUAAAAAUUUACAGCUGUAUUUUGUACAGUCUAUCAUUUAUAGCCCAAAAUGAGUAAGAAUUGAACUGUCAAUUAGGUUGUAAAAACGUCAAUGGACAUUGAUGUAAAUAUCAUUUAAUUCUGUCCUGUACAUAACUGUUAAAUGUUAAAACGAUUAAG